CUCCAUUGCAGAAAGAAGUGAUUUUUUUACAAACUCACGAUGACUAACCUGAAUUUUCUUUUAAAUACUGAAAAGAUGAAGAAGCCUGAAACAUUGAAACGGUUUAGAUUGGAAGGAAAACAUGGCGUUAUUGAGUGUAAAGGUUUUCUAUAUCGAGAAUAAGGCAACAAAAGAAAUUAGAAAGUUUAAUAUUGAUGGGGAUGUAUCAGAGAAUUUUGAGUAUUUUACUGGGAAAAUUAGACAAGCCUUCCCAGACCUAUUGAGGAAGGAUCUGGAGUUAUUCUGGAAAGAUGAUGAAGAAGAUUUUAUUUCAGUUUCUUCUGAUGAAGAAUUAACACAAGCUUUGGAUAAUGUGCCUGAAAAUGAAAAUUGUUUAAAGUUUUAUGUUAAAGCAAAGAAAUGUGAAAAAGAAAGAUCCAAUGCCUAUGAAGAGCAUCCUGGCAUAGUUUGUGAUGGAUGUGACAUGAUAAUCAAGGGGAUCAGAUACAAAUGUAUGGUAUGUUUUGAUUAUGACCUGUGUUCAUCCUGUGAAAGCAAAGGAUUGCAUCCAGAUGGACAUGAUUUUAUUUGCAUCAAGAAACCAAGACCAUCUGCACGUUUUGUUGUAAAACCUGGUGUGCUGUUUCCUUGUGAGUUUCGUGGCAAAGAUGAAUCAGUGGCUUGCCCAAGAGGAAGAUUUAGUUACAAGGACACAAAAAAUAAGCAGACUGAAAAUGAUGGACCUUCCAUGCCACGGUUUGAUGAUGUAUUGGCCCAUAUUGCUCAUGAGUUUGGAUUAGAUCUUAAUCCUUCAAGACAAUCAGAAAAGUCAACCAACUCCUCUCAAAUGGAAAAAGAAAACGAAGAUUUGCAGGAAAGUGAAAGUAGUGAAUCUAAGAAAACAGAAGAGUCGUAUUCAAAGCAGGAAGCAAUGGAAACUGAAGUAAGAAAAGAGAAUGAUGAAGCCCCUACUGAUGGUGUUAGUCAGGAAGUGGAUGUUCAACAAAUGCUUCAUGGACUUGCACAACAGUUUGGGUUUAACCCUGAUCUUCCUCAAUCAGGAGGAGUCGGUCAACCGUUUGCAAACCUUGGAGAAGUAAUGGGAAGAUUGUUUGGUAAUAUGACAGUACCAGACAAGGUAUCACACGAUGUAGAGGAUAAGCCAACCCAAAAACCAGAAGACUUCAUUGUCAUGGACAGUAAUCCUACAGAAAAAAAGUUAACGGAAGAGCAAAAAUAUGAACAACGUCUGGAAAAGGCGAUCCGUCAAAUGGAAGCUAUGGGUUUCGACAAUGACGGAGGCUGGCUACGUCAGCUGCUAAUUUCGAAGGACCUAAGCAUUGGAAAAGUUUUAGACGCUUUGAAUCCGUCUGUGUAAAGCUGUUGAAAUUGGUUACAAGUUGUUCUAUUUAGUAUUUUAAUAUUUCAAGGAACGUAUAUUAUUAAGACUUUAGAAAGAAUAGCGACAAAUUCUUUAAAAACUUUCAUUUUCAGGCAUUUUAGAAGAAUAACUUUAGAAGCCAAUAU